AUGGAAAAUCAUUCGACCAGAAAAGGGGCCUUUUGCUCACCGGGGGAGCUCAACUGCACAAGGGUUUUUAAGGCGCACCACUCAACCUCCAGGAACUAUAAACUUGAUCAUGUGCUCGGCCACGGGCCAACCCACCUGCCCUUCCACCCGGUGCCACCGCAUCCCUUCCCCACCGUGGAUGUUCCCGUCAGCGCGCACUACAUCAUCGGCUCGGUCAUCCUCAUGGUGGGCAACAUGGGCGUGCUGGGUAAUGCUCUGGUCAUCUAUGUCUUCUGUCGCAGCCGCACCCUCCACACACCGGGCAACCUGUUUGUGGUCAACCUGGCCGUGGCUGACUUCCUCAUGUCGCUUACCCAGUCCCCCGUCUUCUUUGUGGCCUCGCUGCACCGCCGCUGGGUGUUUGGCGAGCGCGCCUGUGAGCUCUACGCGUUCUGUGGCGCCCUCUUCGGCAUGUGCUCCAUGAUGACGCUGACAGCCAUCGCCAUUGACCGCUGCCUGGCCAUCAUCCGGCCGCUGGCCUCGCUGGCCAGCAUGAGCCGGCGGCGGGCCAUAGUCAUGUUGAUAGCCUGUUGGGUCUGGAGCCUGGGGUGGAGCCUGCCGCCGUUCUUUGGCUGGAGCGCCUAUGUGCCCGAGGUCCUGCAGACGUCAUACAGCUUGGACUACACCACCUUCAACCCAUCGGUGCGUGCCUACACCAUCCUCCUCAUCACCUUCGUCUUCUUCAUCCCACUGGGGGUGAUCGGCGGCUGCUACAUAGCCAUCUUCCGCACCAUCUGCCGGGCAGGCCGAGAUGUGCGGUGGCUGGACUGCGGCAAGAAGUACAAGGCGUACGAGCGGCUUCGCGGUGAGUGGCGCAUGUCCAAAGUGGCACUGGUGGUCAUCCUACUCUUCGUCGUGUCUUGGUCACCCUACUCGCUGGUGGCGCUGGUCGCCAUGGCAGGUUAUGCCCACCUGCUGACGCCCUACAUGAACUCAGUGCCCGCCGUCAUCACCAAGGCCUCGGCCAUCCACAACCCCAUCAUCUACGCCAUCACGCACCCCAAGUACCGCAUCGCAAACGCCAGCUACGUGCCCAUGCUAUGCGCUCUGCUGCGUGUGGGUGACAAGGACCUGCUUUCAUCCUCCAGCUCCAUCAGUGGUGCCUCCCUUGGCUCUCGAUGGCCCACCUUCACGAGACAGUGCUCCCUAGCCAUGGGUGUGGGUGCGGGAACGGGCAUGGUUGUCGCGGCAUGUGCCAACGAACACUGGGGCAAGAGCCGCCUCUCGUCGGCCUCCGACACUGACUCGUGCUGGAUGGAGAGCAAGGCCGACAGCUCCAGCGUUAACUCACUGCCCUUCGACCGACGUGUCUCCACGGAGAUCUCCACAGAUACGACCAUCGCCAAUCAGCAGUCAGCAGGCGUGGUCGCCGGGCAGAAAGUGGGAGUGUUGUCUGACAGCCUCAGGGUUAGCAGCAUGUCAAGCACCUUAAUGGUGUUUGCAGGAGAUGUGCCCGAUGCAGGCCCAUCUGAUGGUAAAGAUCUCCUGCUCCCUGGCAACUGA